AUGUCUGCUCCAAACGAGCCACAAUCAUUCACGGAUCCAGCAUACUGGAAGAACUUCUUUGCCAAACGGAAAUCGCCAUUCGAAUGGUACGGAGACUACAACUCGCUAUCAAAAGUAAUCGACAAGUAUCUGAAACCUAGUGAUAGCUUUUUGCAAUUGGGAUGUGGUAAUUCUGAAUUGGCCACACAACUCUACGACAAUGGAUUCCACAACAUUCACAGUAUUGAUGUGGAGCCAUCGGUUAUUGCCGAUCAGAUUCGCAAAAACAAAGAGAGACCGGGAAUGUUGUUCAGCACUGGAGACGCUGCAAAUUUAACCAUGGCUGAUGGAUCUCACACUGUUGUCAUCGAUAAGGGAACCCUUGACGCUCUUCUCCCUCCAUCUGCAUCGGAAGCCGACAAAGCAACUGUCACCAAGAUGUUUGAUGAGGUUCACAGAGUUCUUGCUUCUGGUGGAAGAUAUAUGAUUGUCACUCUUGCACAACCACACAUCACCGAGUUCUGGAUUGAUCACUUCUUUCCUUUAAAGCAGUACAUCCUCCGAGUACAAAAAAUUGAGAAUAAGGCUUCCGGAUUCCCAAUGCCAGUGUUCUGUUUCAUCGCCACUAAGAUGCGUGCCCCGAUGCCGAAUCCAUUGCCUUUAGAAGUUCUCCGAUCCAGUGCGAUUCGUACAGACCGUAUCGGAGAUACUGACGACUUGAAGGAUGCCAUCAAAGCAGAACAGGAGCUCUCACAGUUCAUCUAUCUUUGCUCCAAAAAGCUCGACGUCGAGGUGUCAAUCGAUUUCCAUGGAGAGGAUCCGGCGUUGGGACCACGAUACCGUAUUUGUGUAGUGGAUAGACCAGAAAAAACAAAGAUCGAAUCAUUCGCUGCAUUUGUGGUUCCCAUCGGAAGAGACGCCGAAUGGUUGUUUGCCUCUCCGAAAGGUCGAAAAGCUCUGAGUUCUCAAUGUGGCCGUGAUCGUCUUGUCAUUGUCUUCCUGAAUAGAAAUCAGCAUUACGAGAAAGAAAUGGACGAGGUUAAAUCAGACAUUGGACACUUUGUUGGAAUGCUGGAUGCGAGAAAUAGUGACACCGGAAAUUACGAAAUCCUGUCGGUUGGUGGAGUCGAUGUGAAACGAACGAUUUCUUCAGGACGAUCUGAAAUCAAUGGAGGGUGGAGUGUUGAGGAAGUGACAGUGGAUGAAAGGCAAUGUAGACGACUCGUAUUCCUAAACACAAUGAAUCUUAUCCAAUCGGAAGCCUACUUGAAAAUUUCAAAGAAGAAGCAAACAGUAAUAGACCUGGAUCAGUUGGCUUGUGAUUUCCAUAGAAUGAUGAUUGGAUCUCUAGCGCUCAAUCAUCUUCAACCACUUGCCAAGAUUGACACCCGAUGUAGAAUGGCCGUUUUGGGAUUGGGAGGUGGUCUUCUGGCUGCCUAUCUCCUCAGGAACUUUAAAAAAGCAAGAGUAACAGCAGUGGAACUUGACCCAGAAGUUUCGAAAAUCGCCAACUCUCAUUUCUCGUUCCCACACUCGGAUGCACGAGUUCAAGUUAUUAUUCAAGAUGCUCUGGUACACCUUCAAGAGGUUGCAGGAAAGCCAGAAGAAGAGAAAUACGAUGUGAUCUUCGUUGAUGUCUCAGGAACUCAGAAUGCAGCUCUUCAAUGUCCACCACCAGCAUUCUUGACUCCAGAAGCGCUCUCCAAUAUGAAGAAUUCGCUGAAAGAACAAGGAAUGCUCAGUUUGAAUUUGGUCACUCGUGAUUCUGAACUUGGAAAAUCAAUCAAGAAGGACAUCGCUGAAUACUUCCCAACCCUUUACACAGUUCUCUCAUGUGAAGAUGUCAAUGAGGUCGUCGUAGGAUUGAAGGCACCAAAGAACAGUCUGAAGGCAGUGGUCCCACAGAAACUGAUGAACACAGUCCGCAAGGAUCUGGGAAGUCAUAAUGAAGUGGUAGCGGCUGUCUCCAACAUUCGACUCGUGGAUUGA